UAUUCGAGCAUGUUCAAACGUUUGUGCAUCGUGUUAUUACUGUUUUUGUGUUUCUGGUAGUCUGUGUUUUUAAGGUUUUUAACCAUGAUUAAACUCUAUCACAUCCUGGAGGUUUUCCAGUCCGUUGACGGACUGAAGCAGUUUCAAAAGGGAGAAAAUUCUUUUGAGAGCCAACACUUAUGCAGCCUGUCUUAUGACAGUGAAAUCAUGUUGAUCAAAGGUAGCGCCCUUGCAAGUCAGCGAGACAAACUGUAUGAUGUCCAGGCACAAGAACAGCCUGCAGAAAGAGCCAUGCGGAGAGCACAGGAUGUGGCCAGGCGUAGAAGACAACUGCUCCGGCCACCAGGGCUAGAAUUUUUAAAUUUACUAGCUGGGCCAGAAUUGCGCAGUUAG